UUUGUUGGUAGUUGUUGUAGUUUGUGUUUAAGCGGUGCAAGAAAGGUGUUAAUGGAAGCACAAACUGCUUACAGGUGUUUUCAUUAUUUUGUCCACUCUAUUUAUAUUAUUGAGGGUGUGCGAUAUAUCAAGUACAAUACAAUGCAAUUUAACCAUACCUAAUGCCACAUCCCCCAAAAUAACCAUACAUUUGAAUCGACCUCUUUAAAACAUAUCCCCUUACGUUUUUAGAUUAAAGUAAUAAAUCCGUAUUUGGCUAUUCUAUUUUUUUUGUUUUAUUUACAGUAUUCAGACAGAAAGGGGACACCAACUUGUUAACAGUGAAAUUAGAAUAUAUAUGUAUUCAUCUAUUCUUUAGAUUAGUUGCCAAAGUGAUAAAUUGAAGAGUAAACAUUGUCAACAUUGAACCGCUAGGAGUCGCUGGUGACGUCAGCGGUCAGUGUUGAGUUUCCUUUACUACCAACGAAGAAGUCUCAACAUCCGGCCAGUAGCGCCCUUUUCGGUGUGUUUCUGUCCUGGAAUUGGACAGAGAAAUUAACAAAAAACUAUCACAACUGGUCCCGUCGAAGCCCCACAGCCGCGAGGAGGAUUUAGAUGUAACGAUCUAAUGUUAAAAGACCAAACGAUGUCCGUGGUGUUGGACGGGAGUCCCCUGAAAGCGAUGCAGAGCUCACACACUCACACAGCGCAGACUGCCCUGAGCGGCCAGGAACUCUCCCAGGAGAUCAAGUCCUUCAUCAGUGGCAUUGACACUGUUCAGGGCCGGAAGCUCAGUGUGCGGGAACACGCCCGCUGCGCUGUGCGCCUUCUGCGCUCGGUCCCGGCCUGUCGAGGGGCGGUGCUGGAGCAUUUGAGGGGAGUGUAUGAUGAGCACGUCUCUGCCUUCCUGCACAACCUGGAGACAGAGAGCGAUGCCAGCUCCGGGGUCAGCUCCAACCUGGAGGACAUCAUACAGGAGGUUCAUGGCGUGCUGUCAGAGUUCAUCUGCCUCAACCCUCGAGCCUGGGCCCCUCUGGUGUCCACUUGGGCUGUGGACCUGUUGGGCCAGCUGAGCAGCAAGCACGCCGGCCGUAGGGUGGCCCCCCACUCAUCCAGUCUCAACGAGCUGCUCCAGCUAUGGAUGUCCUGUGCUGCCACCCGGUCCCUCAUGGAGGCCUACUCCCAGUCUUUGGCCGCCAUGCUGUCCUGGUGCCCUGACGCGUGUGUGGAUGCGCUCUUGGACACCUCGGUUCAGCACUCCCCGCAUUUCGAUUGGGUCGUGGCUCACAUUGGCUCCGCCUUCCCGGGUACUAUCAUCAGCCGAGUCUUGGCAUGUGGACUCAAGGACUUCUGCUCUCAUGGCGCCAAGGAGCAAGGGCUAAUGGUGAUGGUGGGGGAUAAAGGCAGCAGAGUGCCAAAGAUUGGCUCAGUGGUGGGAAUCCUUGGACACCUUGCAGUGCACCACUCGGACAGCAUCCGGAAGGAGCUGCUCAGGAUGUUUCAGGAAAGCCUGAGUCCGUCAAGUCCUCUAUCUCCCACUUCGUCCUCAACAUCUUGGGAGGGUUCUCCUCAACUCCGUCGUGCGGCCGUACCAUUCCUGCUGCAGCUGGCUGCAAUGUCCCCCAACCUGUUUGGCGCAGUGUCUGCAGAGCUGGUAGAGCUCCUACGCCCUCCUGUUCUGCUCCAGCUGCAGGCCUUACUGCAGGGCCUCCCCCGAGAGGAACUGGAUAACAUGCUGGGGCUGGCCGUCCACCUCAUAAGCCAGAGCCCGUCAGGAGGGUCACGGGUCCUGCGUUUUCUGGCCGACACGGCAACCCCGGCCUCCGUCAUCAUCUCCGGGCCCACCCCCUCUCCCCACGAAGGUGUCAGGGAAGGCUGCGAUCGCCUCCUCCAGAUGCUCCUUCUGCAUCUCCACAAACUGGUCUUCAACCGCUCCGAUGGGGCCGAAGUCAACCCACAUCACCCUGCUCUCUCUCAACCCAAGCGACUCAUCCCCUUCUUGGAGGAGCUGCAGUCCCACGUCGGCGAGCUCUGCGCACAGACCCUGCGCCUGGAAAGGAAGCGGCACCUCUGGCUGCACCAGUUGCUGUGCCUGCUGUCCGUGUAUGGAGGUCCCAGCGUGGCCACUGAGGCCCUCUGCCAGCUACUCACCCAGGCCCACAACCCGGAGGAGCUGGCUCUGGCCUGGCAGCUGCACACCACGCUCUCCUCUUGCAUGGCAGGACUCAUUCCUGCCGCCGUUUCCCGCUGUGUAGCGCAGAUCCAUACACACACCCUGGGGCCCCGACAGCUGAGGCAGCUGUUACUUAACCUGGCCGCGGCCAUCGAGAGUCAGGAUGGGGAGAGACGAGGAGGAGCAGCAGCAGGUGUUCAGGCCUCCAUGGCCAUCCAGAUGGGCUCGGCGGUCUCAGGACACCUCCAUGAUUUUGGCCCACUCCUUCUCCACGGGGACUCGGCUGUAUCUCAUGCCACUGUGCGCCUCCUGUCCUGUAGCCCUCUCCCACGCGCGUCCUCCCCAGCGCACCUGCUCUUGCUCUCCCGCGCCGCCGUCACUCAUUUCUUUAUGGGGCUGCGGAGGAGAGUAGAAAGUGGGAAGGUGGGGAGAGACGGGGGACAGGCGUGCGAGGCGGUGAACUGUUCGGUCGUGCUCCUGUCCCGCUUGGCAGCGUAUUCUCCGCUCACCCUCAAAGCGGUGCUCCAGCUGCUGGUUGAGGGAGCCCUACACAAAGGCAACACUGGGCUGUUUGGGGGGCAGAUGGCGGACAUGUCUGGUGCUCCUUUGCCCUCUGCAUCUGUGUCUCGUGACAUCGGAGCCUCUCUGCUGGAUAUCAACUGUCGGUUCGGGACCGUCGUCAACUUCUCUGGCAGCGUGUGGUCCGUGUUCCACGCUGGUGUGAUUGGCAAGGGGCUGAAGGUCCGCACUGAAACACAGCUGCCUGACCCAUCGGGCGUCAUGCAGAACGUGCAAACUCUGCUGACUGUGGUAGUGCAGUGUUGCAGCUCUUCCGGCUUCGACGGCUCGAUCAACAGCUCGCGACCACCAUCCGACCCGGGGGAGCCGCUGGCCAUCAACGCCGAGGCGGCCAAGGUCAUUGCUGUCACCUUGGUGGAGAACGUCUGUCCGGAUGUGGCCAAUGGUGAGCUCUCCUGGCCCCCAGAAGAACACGCCCGUACCACGGUGGAGCGAGACAUCCACAUCCGGCGUUGCUUCGAGGCCCACCCGGUGCUCUUCCCUCUGCUGCAGGUGGUGGCAGCCGGACGCCCGGCCCUCUGCUACUGCUCAGCCGUGCUCCGAGGCCUCCUGGCCACCCUGCUGGCCCACUGGGAGGCCUCCCGGGAGACGUUGUCCACAGACGACCCGUGGCACCUCCAGGCCUCCUGCCUCCUGGUGUCCUGCAUGGGGGAGGGCCAGCUCCUGCCUCCGGUCCUGGCCAACGUGCACGAGGCCUUCCCCCACCUCACCCCCUUCGAGGUGAGACUGCUGCUCCUGGCCGUGUGGGAGUACGUGAGAGGCAAUGGGCCCAUGCCCCAGAAGUUUGCCUUCAGCUCCGAAAGGGGGCUGUUCUGCAGGGAUUUCUCUCGAGACGGUGACGUGGCAAGAUAUGUGGCACCGAUUCAGAGUGUCCUGCAUAAAAACAUUGAUAGAUUGGGACAUCUCUGCUGGCGGUUCCAGCUCUAAAGAGUUGUGUGGAGAGAACGGUGUGGGUAGCAGGUAAUGAGAAACAAAUAAACUAUAAAAUAGACAGAAUGCUGUGUUGCAUCGCUCUGAGAGCGGCCUGCAAAGUUGCUUUCACGCCACUGUCAUAACAGUUUAAGUGUGUUUGUUGCACGUUUGUGCACGUGUUUGUGUUUGCGUACCUUUUUUGUACCAUAUUUUUAGACUUGAUACUUUUCUAACUAGUUGUUUCUGUGACAGACUAGAGGACAAGACAAAUAGCACUCAUGUAUGUUAUUACAAAAUUUGCUCCACACAAAGCACAGCCUUAAUGUGUGACUUUGGUUGGAAAAUUCAAUUUAUUCACUCUUAAAUGGUUUUGUGUAAUUUUAAGAUUGCAUAUGUUUUCAAAUUGUGGCCACAAACAUGCCUUCUAUCUGUUGUUAUACACCCUAAAAACUGUUGUUUAAACCACUUUACAAAAUAAAUAAUUUGGUCCUAAAAAGUGUCUUGAAUUAAGAUGUAUUUGUUAUUUCAAAAAGAAUUAGCACAAGACUGUCCUGGCGAUUAAAGUCAUCAGGACAAAUAUUUUUUCACGUUAUUUCCCCUUCUGUAAAUCCUCUAAUCCAGUUGUUUCCAAUCAUUUGUGUUUUGUUACCGCUUAAUAAAAUUUUUGCAGGGA